CCUACUGGAAGAAUGCGGUGAAACUGCCACUAUUUCUAGCUGGAAUUAUAAAUUUCAUAUUCAACUUUAGUGAUACUAAUUUCUUACUAAAUAGUACCUCAAAGUAGAAGAAAAAUGUACGGAAGUGCAAGAACAAUCAGCAACUUAGAAGGAAGCCCCUCCAGAUCUCCUCGUUUGCCAAGAUCUCCUCGCCUGGGUCACAGGCGAACGAGUAGUGGAGGAGGAGGAGGAACAGGUAAGACAUUAUCAAUGGAGAACAUCCAGUCCCUUAAUGCAGCCUAUGCAACAUCUGGACCAAUGUAUCUGAGUGACCAUGAAGGUGUAGCUUCUACUACUUUCCCAAAGGGCACAAUGACUCUUGGAAGGGCUACAAAUCGAGCUGUGUAUGGUGGUCGAGUCACAGCUAUGGGGAGCAGUCCUAACAUUGCUUCAGCUGGGCUGUCGCACACAGAUGUCCUCUCUUAUACUGAUCAACAUGGAGGUCUGACCACAUCUUCACACCAUCACCACCAUCAGGUUCCUUCUAUGUUGAGACAGGUUAGAGAUAGUACCAUGUUAGACCUGCAGGCUCAGCUUAAGGACCUACAGAGGGAGAAUGAUCUUCUUAGGAAAGAGCUAGAUAUUAAGGACAGCAAGCUGGGAUCUUCCAUGAAUAGCAUCAAAACUUUCUGGAGUCCUGAGCUAAAGAAAGAAAGAGUAUUGAGGAAAGAAGAAGCAGCGAGAAUGUCAGUUCUUAAAGAGCAAAUGAGAGUUUCCCAUGAAGAAAAUCAGUUUUUGGAUGCCAGGAGAACAAAGCAUCUGCAAAUGACAAUCCAGGCACUUCAAGAUGAGCUUAGAACCCAGAGAGACCUUAACCAUCUUCUCCAGCAAGAAAGUGGAAACCGAGGAGCUGAGCAUUUUACCAUUGAACUCACAGAGGAGAAUUUUCGAAGACUUCAAGCAGAACAUGAUAGACAAGCUAAAGAGCUCUUCUUGUUGAGGAAAACACUGGAAGAAAUGGAGCUUAGGAUUGAAACACAAAAGCAAACACUAAAUGCCAGGGAUGAAUCAAUAAAAAAGCUUCUGGAAAUGUUGCAAAGUAAAGGUUUGCCAUCUAAAGGAAUGGAAGAUGACAAUGAGAGAACUCGAAGAAUGGCAGAGGCUGAAUCUCAGGUUAAUCAUUUAGAAGUGAUUUUAGAUCAGAAGGAGAAGGAAAACAUGCAUCUUAGAGAG